GUACCACGUGGUGUUAUGGAUUCACAUUGAAUGAGGGAUGAGUUAAGGUUGACAAGGACGAUUCAUCAUCACAAGAAUGCAGGGAAGCGGAAGCAGCUCGUCCUCAUCGUCGUCCUCAUCGUCGCGCCGACUUGAAUGGGAUGAGCGAUGCGUUCCCACGCAGGGACUCAGGUUCAUAAAAGGUAGCGACUUCGCACAGAUUCGCUUCGAUCUGUCUAAUGCCGAGGAUAGAAAGCUGUAUUCCGCGUUAUUGAAAAAGAGAGAAAGAGACGAACAAUUACAUCACCUGCAGAAGGACAAGCAGCAGGCUCCGGAUGGCAAUACUAGUGUGAAAAAUGGAGGCGCUGGCGCUGUAAAACUAUGGGAAAGGACAGCUCUCCCUCAAGACGGUCGACUGCGGGACCUGACGGAUCCUAGGCAUGCCCAAUUCCCUCGGACUGAGGAAGAGCUUCUGCGUCUUCUCCUUGGAAAGAACAAGGCGGUGGAGU